UAAUGAACACAGCUUCUAACUAUUAAUGGCUUCAAAAAUUUUAAAAUUUACAUUCUACUCAUAAGAAAACAUUUCAAUACUCACAUUCCCCUACACCUACAGAAAUCAACUAAUUGCUCCAUAAUUCAUCACCAGUUCCCUACCUUCAACUAAAACAAUAUGAUGUGGGAUAGAUGACUGAUCGUAUUGUUAGAGAAAUGGAUAAACAUACCUCAUUCACUUAAAAUGAAAUUUAAACUUAAUAAUACUCUAAUCCUAACUAAAUAUCAUCAUUAAUUCAUAUUGAUAAAAAGCUUAAAUAGCUUAAAUAUGCCAAAGAUCAUGAUCACAAUAUUUUUACAACAAUUUUAACAAAAAUGAAACUCUUUUGUCUUGAUAAUUCAACAACUUGCUUUGAUUUUUAUAGAUGUACUGAUCUUAUUCUACUUAAAUAUAUGAUUUAUCUAUUGAUUUUAGAAUUAAAUUAAGAUACAUCAAAUAAUAAGCAACAAUCAAUACCAGAUUAAAAGUAACAAUUUCAAAAUAUGGUUAAGGAUAUAGUAAUAAUCAUCUAUGAAAUCAUAGAAUAAAUCAAAUCUAAAUAACACAUAAGUUCUUAAAUAGACAUACUGAAUAAUUAAUUGACAAAAAUUUAAAAUUCUUUUUAACCUUAACUUAAUAGUUCUAUAAAAACAAUAAAAAAAUCAUCACAUCAUCGUGGAUUUGGUAGUUGUAAUUUAGAAAAUAAUAAAACAACUAUUCAUAAAAAUAUACUUGCUACUGAAAUUAAAACUAACUCUAAUCAUUAUUUAAAUGAUGGAUAAUAAAAGAUAAUCAAAUAUCAAAUAGAUGAAUUAGAAUAGAAAUCUAAGUUAAUUACCUCAUUAAAUGACUAAAUUUUGUAAUUAUAAAAUAAUAAUAAAUAAUCAAUUCAUUCAAUUACAGAAUUAAAUACAUAAACUGAAUCUAUCAAAUCUUAAUUACAAUCUAAAACUGAUGAAGUAUGUUAAUUAAUAUUUAAUUUUAGUUUGAACAAUUAAAAAAAUCAUAUGAGUUUUUAAAAUCAAGUAAUAAAAUUUGUUAAGAAGAAAAAGAAUAAUAUUUUAAUCUUUCUCAUAAUUUUGAAUAGGAAAAUUAAAAACUUAAAUAAAAUCUUGAGAAAUAUCAAGUAUUAUAUAAUAUAAUUUCUAGACUGCUCAUGAUUAAAUAAAGACUUAAUUUGAUUAAUAUUAAAAUGAAACUUAUUCUUCCUAUCAAAUACAAUUUAAUUAAAUACAAUAAAUCAAAGAUAAUGAGAUAAAAUAAUUAAAAAUUGAAUUGAAUGGAAAAUCUUCUAUUAUUGUAUAAAUAUUUAUAUUACAUUAUAGAAUUAAUUAUUAGAAGAUGCCCUAUUUUUUGGUAAGUAAUACAAAUAAAUUGUUGAAAGAAUAGUCACAAUAAAAUAAGAGGAGUUUGGAAAGGACAUGUAACAAUUAUAAAAGGAAAUAUUAUUUUAAUAAAACACAGUGAAUGCUAAAUUAAAUGCAAUAUCAAGUUAUUCAGAAAAUAUAAUGUAUGAUUCAGGUCAAGAAUUUCUAUUAUAGAGUUAAUUAUCUAAUAAGAUGGUAAAUAAAACCUCAACUAUUAAAAGUGGAUUUCAUUAAUAAAAUAAGGCUUCUGAGUACCUUAAUUCUUAUAACAAUUAAUUUGAAUUGAUGCAUAUGCUUUUAGCUUAAAGUCAAGUACUUGAGGAAUUUUUAUGA